AUAUAGAUACGUGUCACUGACGUAAAGUAAUGUUUUGAUUGCAGAUUGGCACAGCUGAGCAACCGGAGGUCUUUGCAAAUUUACUAAAAUAAAUCAACUUCUGCAGUUUUCUUUGGAAAAAGAAGAAGCAGACAGCGAAAUUAAGGAUGGGUCGUAUAUUUUUGGCACAUAUAGGCGGUACAAGGUUGUUUUCCUGUUCAAACUGUGACACGCCCCUCACUAACAGGGCUGAACUUAUCUCCACAAGAUUUACAGGUGCCACAGGAAGAGCAUUCCUCUUCAACAAAGUUGUCAACUUGACCUACAGUGAAGUUCAAGACAGAGUGAUGCUUACAGGACGCCAUAUGGUCCGGGACGUCAUGUGCAAAAACUGUGAUCAGAAGCUUGGAUGGAUUUAUGAAUUUGCCAACGAGGAGAACCAGCGCUAUAAGGAGGGUCGGGUGAUUCUGGAACGUGCCUUGGUCACAGAAAGCGAAGGCUUUGAAGAACAUGUAGGAACUGAUAGUUAGAGAAUGCAUAAAUCAGACAUUACUUAGUGCAUUGUUUUCUUGGUGUGGCAUGGGCGGAAAUAUUUUACCAAAUUAUGAAGACACGGUUGUCAUACAGUCAUUACCUUUAAGAAUACAUAUAUUUGGAUAAUAUUUAGAGUUCCAAAGUUUCAAGAUGUAAAAUAUCAAAUGAUUUUUAAAAACUCUUUUGAAUAUACCGUGUAAUAUCAUGUUAAGUUUUAAAAUUUUUAUCGGUUUUGUGUAAUUUUGAUAGAAUAUUUUUCUCUAUGUAUACCAAAAAAAUGCAUGCAAAUGUGCGGACACUCAGAUGAUAUCCGUUUGAUAUCUAUAUAUUUCAGCACCCUGUACAUAGUUGAAAUUUCAUUGGACAAUUUGAAUUUUCAAUAUUUUUGUAUGGGAAGCAAGAUUUUUCCUAUUUUGGAUUGGUCUUAGUACGCUUGCACAGGCCAAGCUUUCAGAACGAGAUUCCAGCAGGAAUUUCUAGGGGUUUCGACUUUUGUGAACGUAGGCAAAAAUUUUUCUUUCAAGCUGUAGCAGACUGUCAUGCAUUUCAUCUAAAGAAAAAUUUAUGCAAAAUGUUUUCAUAUUUUACGUUACUGUGCUUGUUUUUGUUAACAGAUGAGCUGCGCACUGAAAAUUGUAAAAUGUGACAAAGUAAAUGUAUGUUUAAGUUAGCCUACUUUUGCGUUUAUUAUAUUUAGAUAAUUUUGUAAAUGCUUCGAGGUGAUAAUUAGUGAUGUAAAUAUUCCUAAUUAAAUGUAAAUUAUGAUUCCUAUAGUCUGUAAGUAUAUUUUUUAAGGCACCUUAGAGUGAAAAAUGAUGUGAGAAUAUCUGUAGCUGUAUAAUUAGAUUGCCUAGAAUUAUGGGAGAUAGUUACUCUUUUUUGCUUACGAGGAUACAUCGUGCUGAAGAGAGGCUAUUACGAUUAUUCACUGUUAUACGUCUGUCUGUCAGCAUUCUCUUCCAGCCACAUCUCUGAUACCAUUAGUUGGAAUUAUUAUUAUAAAGAUGGCCAGGAUGUUCAUUGGGUGGUCCUACUUCAAAGUUGUUCAAAUAAUUCUGCUUGAAAUUACACAUUUCUUUCAAAAACACUGAUUCAAUUUUAAAAUAAUUUCAUAGAAAUCUUACUGGGUGACUCUCUACCAAGAUCAUUAAAAACAUUUUAAAGCAGGGUCCUUUUUCCGUUUGAGCAUGUAGUGAAAACUUUAAAAUAUUCUUGGCAGAAACUGCUGGCCUGUGUACAAAAUAAUCUUAUUCAAUGUUCCUUUUGUGACCCUUUACUUAGAUUGUUGAAAUUAUUCUGAAUCUGAGCCCUCGAACCAUGGUCACCAGAGUUAAAGGUCCAAUACUAAGGAAAGUGAACAUUUUAAUUUCUUUUAAAAAGCACAGAAACUAUUUCAUUUUAUUGGAAAAUGAAAGUUGGUAUGUAGAAAUUCGAAAUAAAUCGCAGUAUAUGUACAAUAAUUUUUCUAUGAAGUAUGAAGAAAGUUAAAAAGACCUGGGGGGUCAUUCUGUCGAUUCCUUGAAAUUUCAACAUAAUACACAUACAUUUCUUUGAGUUCCAAAGACCUUCUGUAAAUUUUGACCUGCCAAUCUUCAUUAUUUAGUGUCUUGCAGAAGUCUAUACACUGGCUAUGAAAAAAAUUGCCAACUCACUUUCCCUUAGUAAUGGACCUUUAAAUACAGAAACCUCUUCAACCAAACAUCUAUAAUUUCAUAGAAAUUCUAAGCAAGUUCAAAUUAUUCAAAAACAUAGCCACUACAGCUAAAACUAUUAAAUCUUAAAUAAUCUUUUGUUUGUUAAGAAACAUGGUCACUAUGGAGCAUAUAUAUAUAUAUAUAUUGUAGAAACUUUUAACACCUCUUUUUGUUGAAAAUUACAGGUCUCAUUUCGAAAUAAUUUCACAGAAAUAAUCCUCGGGUGACCAUCUUCCGAGAAUAUUCAUAAUACCUUGAUUUUUCAAAGAAAUGCAUUGCCACCAGUGCUUAAUAUAGAAAAAUGUUCAAAUGCCACAUCACAAAUCACUGAUCUGAUUUUGAAAUUAUUUUACACUUACAGAAAAUUCCUUUCAGAUCUCUUUCCAGACAUACAUGGCUUUCAGGAAUUGCUGGACAGCAGUGUUAAAAUCCAUCUUUAUUUAAAAAAAAAUGGCUGCCAGGAAUGGAUCUCGUUUUCCUAUAUGGCUCUAUAGAAAACUUUAAAAAAUCUUGUCCUCAGAAUUUGCAGGCAAGUUUUCAAAGCAGAACUGUUUCUCUUUAGAACCUGUUUGAACUGUGCAACUUGGAUGAGCAAUGUAGGGUCAUGAUGGCCCUCUUUUUAGCAUUUUGUGACUUUACUAUAAAUUAUCUCCAGUUCUAGUGCUAUGACCCAGUUUAUUUCAAAGCUAGUCUGGUCGGAAGAAACAAAGAGAUGAUAUUGGUGCAAGACACUUUCUUUUCAGAACAGUUUUGCCAGUCAUUGUGUUCCGCCUCUAUUUCAUGUGGAGAAGUUUUUAAAUGCUUUUUUAAAACUAAAGGACCUACCCGGUAUAUACAAGACUUGUAUACCAAUAUUAGUGUGAUUUUUAGUUGGAGUGGGGCUCAGACCCCCAACCCCUAGUCAGAGAGUUUUACGCUGGACUACUGUGUCCACCCUCCCAUAAUCCUUGAUCUGCCCUCCAGCUCUAAUACCACAGCUUCCAACAAUCAUACAGUUUCCAAAUUUUUAGGACUAUUAUUUUGUAGGUGCAAUUUAUAGAGGAAAACUGUAGAUUUGUGAGAGUUUGUUCAGCUUUUUAUAACUAAAUUGUAUUCAGGGAAAAAAUAACCUCAUAUUUCCAAAAUUACUACUUUAAUUAGGAAAGCGCUCAAAGGUGUUCCUCAUUUUCAGUAAUUUUCUCAAGUUUUGUUGAAUGCUGUUCACAUUAAAUUUUGAUGUUAUUUUUAUCUGUCGUUAUACAUUGAUUUGUUACAGAUUUUCCUUGCAAGAAAUUAUAUAGCAUGUCAGUUCUACCAAAAAUUUUUAACAUCAAGAUGAAAAACACUAAGUCUUGAAAUAUAUUUUAGAUGAUUUAAUGCAGCAGUCCUGUUUUCUUUGGUUUGAUUAUAUAUGCAUGUUGUGGUAUGGAGUUUUCUGAUCUUGGGCAAUUUAAUUUUAUAUGGGAUAACUGAUUUACCAGCCUAAUGUACAGAGAGUAUGUACACAUUUUUAGUGAUAAAGUGAUUUUUCUUUUUAAAUCAGUUGUUAGACAUAUCAACAAAUAAGUGAACAGGAUUUUAUUUUAGAAAUUGUGAUUUGUAAUAACAUAUAUAAGUGUGCUAUUUAAUUUGUUGAACAGUAAACAUGAUGUUAAGAGGUUACCUGAAAUAAACCAUUUCCUUUGA